AUGGGAAAAGUUACAAUUAAAACAGAAGAUAAAUAUGAAAAGUUUGUUAUUGAAGAGAUAGAUUGUGGAACAGAUAGUCUUGAUGUACUCAAGAGUAAAUGGGUAGCUCAACAUGGAGAAAAGUAUAAAGAUUACAUUGCAUAUGUUAGUGGUGACAAGGUAGAAGACACGACACAAACACUUAAAGCAUCCAAUAUCUAUGAUGAAGAAGCUGUACUCUUUGUCAAUCCCAGUGUGGCCGAUGGACAAUUGGUUAUCGUCAUUUGUGGUUUGGGUAGACCCCUUGCAGUAGUUGUACCUCCCACUGCUACCGUCGGUGAUUUAAGAACUGCCAUUCAAGACAGUGAAGGUAUUCCACCCGACAAUCAAAUUCUUUCAUUCAGAGGAGCAAGAAGAUUGGAUGACAAUGCGGAAACACUAAAGGAUCUAGAGAUUGAAAACCUUGCCAAAAUCUUUCUUAGACUACAACUUGGUGGUGGUGUAGGAUCCAAAAAGGAUAAAAAGGAAAAGAAUAAAGAAAAAGGUGAAGGAAAGGAGAAUUGUCAAAUUAUGUAA